UCCCAGCAAGUUUUCUUGUCUGCCCAUCUUUUUUUCUUCAUCGAUCCAUGACUCGUUUGAGUUGCAUUCGAAAGCCCAUGAUUUUUAACCACAUAACCUCUAUAAGUCAAAAGUUAAUGUACUUACAGUAAUAAAAUCCUAACUCAUCGCCAUUGCCAUUUGGUACACGUGUUCCUAUCAUUUCUUUAUUUAUUAUUUUAGAACACCACAUCUUUAUUUCAUUUUAGCGUUAUCAUUAAUUAUAUAUGCCUAACUUGCCAGGUUUAGCUUUUCUUUUCUUUUCUUUUCUUUUCUUUUUCCCCCUCGGUUUAGCUAAUUUAUUAGGUUGACUUUUGAGCAAUUGGAAGUCUUGGAUCAUUGAGUUGGAAGGUCACUGCUUUUGCAUUCAAACUUUUUGACACCGUAUAUUAGAAUUUUCCAUGAGAUUAUAAUUCAAAGAAACGUGUCAAACACAUCACCAAGCACUCAUAUAAAUAUAUAUAUAUAUAUAUAUACUGGAAUAUGGGGAAAAAAAAAAAAAAAAGAAAGGAUGAUGAUGAGGAGAAGUAAGCAUAAGAAGAAUGAAUAAGAACAACCAAGAGGGUUUCCAGAUGUAUGGCGGCUUCAAAGAAAAGAUUUGGUGGCCAUUGACGAAGUCCUCUGGUAUUUUCUUCUUCAUCUUCCUCCUGCUAGUUGGGGGUUUUGUCUCUGUCUACUUCCUUAACAUCCCUAUUCUGACAAGGUCAACUAUAGGGCAAAUUCUAACUACCAAAUCAUCCCACAAAUACCCUCCACAAAACACCAAUAUUACCGGACACGAAGUCCCACUCAACUGCACAGCGUACGGCAGUACAAGAACCUGUCCCUCCAACAACAAUAACUCAGUUUCAUUUCUUAACCGUUCGUCGGAAUCCACGUGUCCAGAUUACUACCGUUGGAUCUACGAAGAUUUGAGGCCAUGGGCCCACACAGGGGUUUCAAGGGAGAUGAUCGAGAAGGUCAAAAGCCAGGCCCACUUUAGAUUGGUCAUAUUAAACGGGAACGCUUACGUGGAGAAAUAUCGUUCGUCGUUUCAAACCAGAGAUGUUUUUACGCUGUGGGGUGUCCUACAGUUACUACGGAUGUAUCCAGGGAAAGUACCUGAUUUGGAGCUGAUGUUUAAUUGCAAUGAUCGGCCUGUGAUUAAUUUAAGGGACUAUAGCGCGAUCAACGCCACUCAUCCGCCUCCUUUGUUUCGUUACUGUAGUGACGAUUCCACACUCGAUAUUCCCUUUCCUGAUUGGUCGUUCUGGGGGUGGCCUGAGAUUAAGAUAAAGCCAUGGGAACCAUUGAUGAAGGACCUGUUGAAAGGGAAUAAGCUGAGGAGAUGGGUGAAGAGGGAACCAUAUGCUUAUUGGAAGGGAAAUCCAUAUGUUGCUCAAACUAGAAGAGACCUCCUCAAAUGUAAUGUCUCCGAAAAACAGGAUUGGAAUGCUCGCUUGUAUAUUCAGGACUGGGUCAGAGAGUCCAAAGAAGGGUUCAAUAAAUCAAAUUUGGCAAACCAAUGCACUCAUAGGUUUAAGAUCUACAUAGAAGGGAAUGCUUGGUCUGUAAGUGAAAAAUACAUUCUUGCGUGUGAUUCUCUAACCUUGUUAGUGAAUCCCAAAUUCUAUGAUUUCUUCAGCAGAGGUUUGAGGCCAAUGCAGCACUAUUGGCCCAUUAAGGCCAAUGACAAGUGCAGAUCCAUUAAACAUGCUGUUGACUGGGGCAACACCCACAUAAAAGAGGCACAAGCUAUUGGCAAGGCAGCAGCAGGUUUCAUCAGAGAGGAGCUGAAGAUGCAAAAUGUGUAUGACUACAUGUUUCAUCUUUUAAAUGAAUAUGCAAAGCUCUUGAAGUUCAAGCCCACUAUUCCUCCAAAUGCUCAUAAACUGUGUUUGGAGUCCAUGGUUUGCUCAGCAAAAGGGUUAGAAAGGGAGUACAUGAUGGAUUCCAUGAUGAAGGGUCCAGCUGAUACAAACCCAUGUACCAUGCCUCCUCCUUUUCACCCUUCAUCUCUUUAUUCAUUUUUUCAGGAAAAAACAGAUUCACUUAAACUAGUAGAUGUUUGGGAGAGGAAUUAUUGGAAAAGUCAAAAUAAGCCAUAAGUAUAGAGUUAUAAAGAGUUUUUUUGUUCUGUAAUUUAAUCUAAAUAUACAUAGGCAAACAUUUUAUUUUAUUUUUUGGAUAUUGAAGAGAGUAGGAACCGAAUUCUAACU